AUGCGCUGCUGCUGCGUGCCCAUGUGCUCGUCGAGUACACGAAAGAGGGACCCUGGUGUGUCCUUCCACAAGGUUCCGGCAGACCUCGAGCUACGUGAGAAGUGGCUGAAGCUGAUUGCCCGUAAGAACUGGGAGCCAAGUUCCACGUGCAACUCCUCCGUCGUCUGCAGUAAGCACUUCGUCGUGUCAGACUUCAAGGAAAAUACAAGGCUGCGCUUACUAAAGAAGGGAGCGGUACCCAGCGUGUUCCCAGGCUACCCGUUGUACAUGACGCCCAAGGCUCCUCAUGUUCGCCGAGAACCAGAGAGCCGUAAGCGCGCCAUGACUGCUUACGUUGACGAGGCAACGGGCAAGGACGCAAGAGUCGCACAAAAGGCGAAAGACAACUGCGACGAACGAUUACUUAUUACGGAGGAGCCCCCUGCACAGCCUGUGGGACAAGAACCCACAUCGGACAGUUUUGCAAGAAGUGAUCGAGGUACUUGUUCCCACUUGAACCACUUAAAGAGUACUCCAGUGUUCGCAAAGCGAUCGUUCUCGACACAGACGGAAAAGGCAAAUUUCACCGCUUUUAUUGAACGACGUAAAUGGAGGGCUAAGGAGCGAUCUCUUCGGCAGCAAAUAUCGCGACUGAAGGAGUCUUUAAGGAAACAUCAGGAGGAGCUUCGCCAGCUCAAAGCCGACUUCAGUGUUGAUGCCUUCCUUGAUGUCGUGACGGAAGCUCAGCAAAACGACAUCAGAGCGACAUUUGUUCCUAACCAAGUUGUCAAUUACAAGAGGAAGAGGCCAACAUGGUCAGAACUCACUGUAAGGUACUGUGUGGUCUUGAGGAAUCUUUCCAUCAAGGCCUAUGAGUACGUUCGGUGUGAAGAGUUGCUGCGACUACCGUGCAGAAACACCUUGCAGAAAUACAUCGGGACAUCGAUUGGCGAGGUUGGCUUUAGUCCUCUCGUUCACUGUAGGCUGGAUAUUGAGCUCCAGAGCCUAGCUGCGCCUCAGUCCAAAGUUUGCAGUCUCGUUAACGACGAGAUGCACGUUAGGCAAAGGUUAGAAUAUAACAAACAGCGAGAUGCAUUCAUUCGGGACGUCACCAUGGGCAAGGAGUUGGGCCACCUCACGCCAGCCGAACAUGUUACCACUCUGGCCAAUUCAUUGCUUUGUUUCCUGCUCUGUGGCCUGGCUGAUCGUUUCAAGAUACCGGUUGCAUACUUCUUCACCAAAGCCUGCACAGCACCGGAUCUUGCGCAAGCCAUCGUAUACGUCAUAAAAAGAACAGCUGGGGUUCAAAAUUGUCAGGUUGGUUACGGACAACCACAAGACCAAUGUUGCCGCCAUUGA